AUGGCACGGCGAUCGUGGUAUAUAUUAUGGAUGGUGUUAGUGGGAGUAACAACAGCGCAGAACCCAUUUACCCUGGAAGAAUUUGUGAGUGGGCAGUUUGCACAAAGGGGAUUUAAUGGAACAUGGAUAUCAGACACGGAGUUUACUUACACGAUUUCGGGGGAGCCCGGUAUAUAUGUGUUCGACGUGCCUACCCUCAACAGUAGUGUUCUCGUAUCUGGUGAACUGAUGGCUUUCCUCAAUACAAGCAACCCCAUAUUAUCAGCAGAUAGGCAAUACAUCUUGGCUCCAAGUGAAGUUGAAUCAGUAUACAGAUAUUCAACAACCGCACGAUUUACUUUAUAUGAAAUAGCAACUGGUAAUGUAACAUACGUUGCAAACCACCAGCGGCUUCAGUUGUGUAUUUUUGGUGGUGGCCACUCAUUGGCGUAUGUACUGGACAACAACGUUUAUUACCUGCCAGAGAACUCUAGCGAAGCUAUCCAGAUUACAUACGACGGCGUCCCGGGAGUUGUUUACAACGGUCACACUGAUUGGGUAUACGAAGAGGAUGUCAUGUACACUGGACAGGCGACAUGGUUCUCUACGGACGGUUCGUACUUAGCUUUUGCAAGCUUUAAUGAUACCGAGGUCGAAAGCUACUCCUAUUAUUACUACGUGGACAAGAGUGACCCUGAUGAUCUCUACCCUGAACUCGUAGACUUAAAAUACCCCAAGGUCGGUCGAACUAACCCAACGGUGGAACUACGUGUUGUCAAUUUGACGAACCUUGUAGAAACCAAUGUGGUACGAUGGGAAACAUUAGAAUCGCCAUCUAUUGUAACUGCAGACCAUAUUUUGGGCGGUGUGGUAUGGCCCACAGCAACUGAAAUAGCUGCACAUUGGUUAAACAGGCGGCAAAAUUACACCGUGUUGAGAAUAUGCAGCGUCGUAACUGGCGUUUGCGAGGAAGAACAUCGUGAGCAACCAAACGGUUGGGUGCCCAUUGCGUUACCUCGCUUCAGUAGCAACGGGGACUUCUUUGUCUCUACCCGUUGGUCGCUUGAGCAAGCUGAUGGAAAGAUAUGGCAACAUUUAUAUGUCAGUAUACGUGUCAACGGUGAGAUAGUAUCGAGCUCUAUCACCCCUGGUGCUUCCACAGUGAACAAUUAUGUUGGAAUGGAUGAGGUGAAUUUAGCAUACUACUAUACGCGUACGGUGGAAGGCGCGCCGUGGCAGUCACGGGUGGAGGUAGCGGGCGCGGAUUCGGGUUGCCUCAGCUGCGACAUCCAGCUUCCGGGCGGCGGCCGCUGCACCUGGGCCACGGCCACCGCCAGCCGCGCCGGCUCCUACCUCACCAUCACCUGCUCCUCCACCGACGAGCCCUCCGCCACCUACAUCUUCGACCCUCUGAAUCGUCGCAUACUAAAAACUUGGGAAGACAAUGCCGUUGUACGUGCACGCUUAGAGGACAAGAUUCGCCCUAAUAGCAUGAUAUUCACAGUGCCCUUGGCAAAUGGCCACCCAGCGCCUGUUCGACUAUGGCUUCCUCCCGGUUUGGACAUUAACAAUACCAGUUCUAAAUACCCUAUGGUGUACUACGUGUAUUCAGGACCGAAUACUAAUACCGUUUAUGAUACGUUUACUGUUGGUUACCACUCGUAUAUGACGACGAGUCGAAACACAAUAUACAUGUUGGCGGACGGCCGCGGUGCCGGACUAAACGGUCAAGAUAUUUUGUAUUCUCUCAAUAAUGCUUUGGGAACCGUCGAAAUAGAAGACCACUUUGUUAUAUUAAGGCAAGUACUCGACCGUUACGGGUUCAUCGACCGCGAGCGAGUGGGCAUAUGGGGCCACAGUUACGGCGGUUACGCGACGCUCUUGACUUUGCUGCACGAUGACGAGCACCUCUUCCAGUGCGGUGUCUCCGGUGCUCCCGUUACGUCUUGGCUUUACUACAACACGAUGUACACUGAACGCUACAUGGGCUUGCCUACUCCUGAGGACAACCUUGCCGGGUACCAAGCGGGUGAUGUAACGCUUCUGGCGGAGAAGCUUCGAGGACACGAUUUUUAUCUGAUGCACGGAAACGCGGACGACAAUGUACAUUAUCAGAAUGCUGCUAAGCUGAUGCGUACGUUGCAGGAACUAAACAUUCCCUUCGAACAGAUGUCAUACCCAGAUGAGGCGCACAGUCUGGCCGGUGUGAACAUGCACAGAUACAGAACGAUGAACCGUUACUGGGAGAAGUGUAUACGUAUGCCGCAAGAAAUUUAA